AGAGAGAGAGAGACGGCGCUUCCUGAUGCUCAAGUGUUGUAACCGGGACAGACCGUUAUUGUCACAGUGUGCGGGUCCAAUACAAGCGUCAGAGCAUUUUGCGGGGAUAAAGGCAAAACACGAAGACAUCCAGCCGAGAUGGGGAAGGUGGAAGGAGGAAUGAAAUGCGUGAAAUACCUUUUGUUCGUGUUCAACUUUAUAUUCUGGUUGAUGGGAUCCUUUGUUCUGGCAGUCGGACUGUGGCUGCGCUUUGACCCAGAAACUGUCUCUCUGCUCAAUGGUGAUAAGGCGCCAGACACGUUCUUCAUUGGUGUGUAUAUCCUGAUAGGAGCUGGCAGUCUGGUGAUGUUGGUUGGUUUCUUUGGCUGUUGUGGAGCUGUUCGGGAAUCUCAAUGCCUGCUGGGUUCAUUCUUUGCCUGUCUGUUGAUCAUCUUUGGCGCUGAGGUGGCAGCAGGGGUCUUUGGAUUCAUAAACAAAGACAAGAUUAUCGAAGACGUUCAGAACUUCUACACAACAACCUACAAUGAAAACAACAACGGCACAUUGAUCAUCUCAUACCAGAAAGUACUGAACUGCUGUGGAACCAUAGCAAGCCCAUGUCCUGAUCCCAAACCUGAUACCAAGGACUGUGAGACAGGCAUCAAGGACUUCUUUAACAGUAAACUCUACAUCAUUGGGUACGUUGGCAUCGGCAUCGCUGGAGUCAUGAUCAUUGGGAUGAUCUUCAGUAUGGUGCUCUGCUGUGCCAUUCGCAACAGCAGAGAGGUCAUCUAAGCUGGACCCUUGUCCUCUACCCCUCACCGCUCCUGUACCCAGCCCCAAAAGACUGUAUAGCCUUCAGAUCAAAUGUCUGCCCAACAUUCAUCCAGGGACCCAGGAAAUAAACUGUGUUCAAAAAGUUCCUUUAAACUAUGGUGCUCGACCCAGCUCUCCUGGCCUGAUCUUCCACUAUUUUCUCAGAAUUUUUAUAUAUUUAUUUGCGGUCACAAGCAAAGUAGCAAACUAUAGCUUUCAUAACAUUCUCAUAUCCAGCAGGAACAGUAUGAUUUCUGAUGUUGACCUGACAAUCUGUCAAAUAGUUGUUGUUUUUUCCCCAUGGCCUUUUGGCUACCACUAGAAAUUUUAACCUGCAUACUGUCGCAGAAGUGUCAAUGCUUUUUCACACAGCCUUGACACUGACCCCUUGGCUGUGGGAAACUGUAGCCCGAGAGAGCAAUCUGAGGUGAAAGCAGCUGAGUUUGCUUAUCUGUGCACACACACGAAUGCGCACAGACACACAAGCACAGCAAUGUUGUGUUACGUGAGACCAUAGCCUUAGGAAAGGUUGUCUGGAAACUCAUAGGGGAUCCUGAUUGGUGGAAUGAGAGUGGGAUGUCAAGAGAGGGAAUGGCCAGUGAAUGUUUCGAGAAUCAUGUAGCCCGAGCACUCUUGCUCAUAUACAAAUACAGUGUAAACUGUACAAUUAACAAAGAUUACUCUCUACGAAAAUAGUCUGCAGCUAUCUUUAAGGACUAGUUCAACAGUUUGGGGAAUAUGCUUAAUAACUGUCUUGCAGAGAGUCAGAUGAGACGAUUGACAGCACUCUCAUGUCUGUACGGUAAAUAUGACAGAUUGGAAACAGGGGAAACAGCUAGCCUAGUUCUGUUCUGCUUGAGAGUGGUAUCAAUAUUCUCAUCUAAUUCUUAUCAGGAAAAAGAUAUAUUUCCCAAAAUGUCUAACUAUUCCUGUAAGCAACUAUACCAGUGGUUUGCACGUUUUUGUCUUUAGUCAUAAUUUUGCUGGUGUGUAAGAAAUAAAAAGAAGACUUUUCUACCGAACAGAUUUGAAUAGAAACGCUUACUGGAGCUGCUGGAAAAACACAUCCAAAAAUCUACAACUGUACAGCCUGCAUUUGACAAUGGUCAGCAAAAAUGUUGAGUAUACAUGCUUUGUAGUUAGGGAGCUAAAACUUGCAGACAUACUGGUAUGGUACUGCAAAAAAAAGCCCCCCACCAGCUAAACUACAAAACAUAUUCCCUCUUUGUCAGAAAGUAAAAGCUCCUCUUCUGUUUAAGUGACCAGGUGAUAUAAAUACCAUUUUAUAACCUUUCCUUGUUAAUUUAUGCUCUCUUACGUAACAGUACCCUUGAGUCUCUGUUGACGGCAUGUCAAAAAGAUCAUGUGGAGAUGUUUACAGGCUAAACAUAUAGCCAGUCAUCGAGAAUAGGCAAGGAGAAAGCCAGGCCUUUGACCUCAUCCCGCUUCCAUCUUUUUUCCCCUCUGUGCCUUAAAAGUACACCACCCACAACAAAACCAAAACUGAGAACCAACCCCUGUAUCCCCCUCACCUCAUCAGCCUCAACAGAUAAGAGGAUUGAGAAGACAUGCCCACCAUCAAAUCACUUCCCUUUAUUCAGGUUAAAUCAGGCCACUGUUCAUUCUGUAGUGUUUAUUCCAAGUGUCAGGACUCCAGUUUGUAAAUAUGUGUGAGUUUUCUUGUAGUUGUACAUUAUUUGUGGCUGAUGUGUUACUAUAUAACAUGCUGUGUGUAGACAGAGGCUUGUAGUAGUUGUACAGUGUCGUAGUCAUGACAAUGUUUGCAAUAGUCAAAACAAAUCCACACCAGUAAAGCAACUUCUUAACGUGCCUUUCUUUGAUAACAAGCUAUUUUUGAACAACAGGCUGUCUGAACGUAGCAGAAGAUCGUAGCAAAACUGUACAUAUGUUUGUAGAGUUGGACUGCAAUUAAUUGUCACACACAUUCAACGAGUAGCACAUAUGGCUCGACUUGCCAUUAUUGUCUUGUUGUGUUUUAAAGUGUUGCACUUAGCUUGUGUCGUCUCUGCCAAGAGAGCUGAAGUAGGGAAGGCAACAGUUUUUUUGCCAACUAUUUCAAAAGCUUCUUGGUACUAAAAAAAUCUGUUCUGAGGACUUAAUAUAAUGAUUUUUCUGUUAUGUCCAAAUGAUCAAGCCAUUAAGCCCUGCUUUCAGUUUUUUUUUUUUUUUUUCAUUUUACAUUUCAGUGUAAUGAGACACAAGUGAGGAGACAACAAAAGCUUACUUACCACU